AUGUCCAAACCACUUUCACCGCUGUCUUCGUCGUACCAGAAUGUCCGGGCUAGAUCCUCGGUGGCUGGAUCGUCGCCUUUCCUCACAAAAACUUUGGAUGCCCCGAGCGUCGCAGAUCCCGGGAUGCAAUCGAGUCCUUUGAAACAGGCAUGGUCGCGCUCAAACAACGAGGCGCGAAGCCUGAGCCCCGAGGAAAUCCGUGAGGAUGACGCCGAGAAUUACUUGCCGGUGCAUAACUACGAUGGCGCAAAUGAUUAUCUACCCGAGGACCGCGAGUACGAUGAUGAUCGCGCGGAUGAUCGAAGCCACGGUCAUGGUCAUGAGCGAGAUCAGUACCUAUAUCAAGACUUUGACGAAAACGAUAACGACGACGCCGACGCAGACAUCGCGAGCUCGCCGUUUCGCUAUGAAGCCCGCGAGGAUACGGUCGAUUUUCAGAAAAUGCGCGAGCAAACGAAUCAACAAAGUACUUUUCCGGGGAUGCGCCACCACUUCGCAAUCGAGGAGGAGGAAGAGCCGCCAAGUUCGCCUUUCCGACCUCAUGUUGUGGACGUGAAUGAAGAAGAAUACAUCGAAGAUGAGGAGGAGAAAGGGCAGCCGUUGCGGGAUGUACACACCUUGUCACCGGGUUUGGAUCGGAGGCUUGCUUAUGACGAUCCGGCUAGCUCCCCGUUCCGCGCGGAUGUACGGGAUGAGGACGAGGAAGAGGAGUUUGAUCGCGCGCGUGAGGCUUCCACUCCCAGAUCGCCUGUGAUGGGGGAUCUGGAGGUGCAAGAGGCGAGCUCACCUUUUCGGCCUGAGACGGAGGAAGUAGUGCAGGAUGACGCAGAUGUGCAGGAUGAGCAACAGCGCCUAUCCGAGGAAGAGAUAUCCAAGGAAGAAAUUCGACAAGAAGUCACGGUUGAGGCUUCUGGCUCGCCGAUCCGUCCGGAGAUCGUGGCUGCGAUGGCUAGUCCUAGUGCGACGAGGGCUUUGAAGCGCGAGUCUUUUGGGGGCCGUCCAACACAGUCUCCUAAAGGUCCGCGCCAGUCGCCGUUUCGUCAUGACAGGGAAAACAGCAUUGCCGCGCGACGUGCGCAGAAUCUGCAGUACGAGACCGUUGAGAAACGACUUUCGCUGAGCAAGAUCGUUCCGAAUUCAACGGAUGAUGAUAGACGUGUGUCUAUCGCUCGUGAGCAAGUUGUGAUGAAUGAGCAUCUCCGCUCUGUCGAGUCUGUGCCAUCGCCGCGGGAGUCAAUCAGCGAAAAGUCACAGUCUUCGGCUGGAUCUCGAAGAUCCUCAGGUCGCCAUGACGCCGAGAUCCCUAAAGCCAACUCGCCUACAUCCAACGCGCUGAGCCGUGCCUCACUUGGAUUGGACAAGAAUCUUCUUUCUACUACGCCCAGAAAACGCUCGUUUGAUCAGACACCUAGGGAUCAUCACGAUGAUGCGGAAGCCAAGGAGCGAUACAAGAAAGGCAUGGUGAGCCGGGACCAGACGCCAGAGAUUCACAUUGAGCUGCAAGAAGAAUCCAGUGUCCUCCACACUGACAACUACGAAUCUACCGCCAAUGCUACUUACGAUCGUUCAACAAUCGGCAACAGCGUGGUUGAGGAAAUACGUAAUGAAGGCAUGAGUACCGUCCUACACAACGACGAGGACGAUGUUCACGAGGACGAGCACUUUGAACGCGCGGAUCGGCAUGGCGGUCAUACUGAAGAAGACCAAGACCCAAUGGAUGACACUGGCUUCAGCAAUUUUUCCGUCUUGCCUGAUAUGACCUCUUUUGCAAAGCUACGGGCUGAGUCUCCUCUCAAGUCUAUGCGCACGAGCGUUGGUCACUAUGGGGGCGCCUCCGCGGGUGGUCACCGUCAUAGUCUUGCUCCUGCUACCCCCGGCACUGCACGGAGACCAUAUAGGAACAGUUUGAUGGAUGCGGUUCCGCAAGUGGGAUCGCCAACGCCAAGACGACGAGAGUCUCACAGGGUUGGUCAUGUGAGCGAAUCAUCCAAUUUGCUUGAUCUCACAGAUCACAUGAACUUUUAUCCUCGUCAAUCCCUCCAAGGCGCACGUUACUCCCCCAAUCGACGGUCUCCCGUGCGACCUAUGCGACAGUCUAUGCAGUCUGAUCGCACACCUGCAAAGAUGUCGUCAUUGUUGGACUUUGACAUCCCUCCCGCUCCCACUCCGCGCUCGCUUCCCUCAAUUACCCCACGAGAGCUUGAAUCACUCAAGUCGGGUUUCUUGUCCGAAAUUUCGUCUCUAAAGGCUACCUUGAGUGGAAAAGAAGCCGAGGUGGCUAGUUUGAAGACUGCCGUUGCCGACGCCGAGCGCCGCGUUGGCGAGGCUCUCGAAGAAGUCCGCAACGAGGCGGCACGAAAGGACGAAUUGGAGAUGGAACAGGCAGAAUGGGAUCGUCGCGGCAAGGAGAUGGAGACCGUGCUACGCUCGGUUCGGGAUGAGUUGGAGAAUGGAGAGCAAGAGAGAGAGCGUCUUUUGCAUCGGGCCGAAGAGGCGGAGAAGAGCAAGGAAGUUUUGGAAGGACGGGUCGUUGAACUGGAGACCCAGCUUACUUCUGCGCGUUCAUCUGCCGGGGCAUCUGCUUCUCAAGCAGGCUCUGAGAAUGGAUCUCGCCGCGCUUCUCAGUCCAAUGAAGCUACCGCGCGGGAGGUUCAAGAGGCUGUUGAAAAGGUGGCUCGUGAGUUGCAUACCCUUUACAAGAGCAAGCAUGAGACCAAGGUGGCAGCUUUGAAGAAGAGCUACGAGACCCGGUGGGAAAAGCGCCUUCGUGAAGUUGAAAAGAAGCUUGCCGAAGCCGUGGAGGAGAGUGAACGUCUCCGAGUCGAGCGAGACACGGCGCAAUCUGAGGCGGCCGAGGCGAGCAUAUUCAAGCAUGCAAAUGAAGCGCAUCAAAACGAGAAACGCGUCUUUGAGGCUCAGAUCCGGGGUCUGCAGGAGGAACUUGCCGCCCUAAAGGAAGAAAUGGGACAUCUUCGCGUGGAACUCGAUGCUGAACGCACAGAGAAGGGCGAGCUCGUGGCCGCUGUGGACGAAUGGCUUUCCAUACAGCAUACUACGACGGCGCAGCGCGGUCCAUCCCAGGAACACGAACGUCAGCGUCAAGCCUCGGUCUCUUCUAUGGGUGAUUACGACGUGCAGAGUCGCGCCAGUGCUGAACCCGUGGAGAAUCACUAUCCCCGUGGUGGCCGCAUGGGGUCAGGGUCAAACUCGCGAUCUGGCUCGGGCUCAGGCUUUGGUUCUGGAAUGGGACUUGCUCCUGGCCCAGCACCGAGUGGAACGCGAGCUCCCGGAGCAGGAGAGAAGCGGAUCCCUCGAUUUGGUGCUCCAGCUGGCCACUCGCGUGGUCAAAGUGGAAAUAAAUCGGGCAUCGCCAUGCCCACACCUGGUCGUGGCGGGAUCAUGAGUUCGAUUGAGAGGAUGGGACGGGGUACAGGCGGUGCCUGA